CCCGGUUCCCACGGCUCUUUAACGCCACCCGGCACGUCACGACACUGAGUCUCGGUCAGCUGCAGGGCAGCAGAGCAGACCUCGAAGUGUUGUUUAUCAAAAAUAAGUUGACACUGAUCCUCCACCCAUCGUGGAGGCCUGAAACCCACCAGAGAGGCCUAACUGGGUGGGAGGAAACACGAUGAGUAGGAAUAACGUGCUUCUGAAGGUGAUCCUGCUGGGAGAUGGUGGAGUUGGCAAGUCCUCUUUGAUGAACCGCUACGUCACGGACCGCUUUGACUCACAGUCAUUUCACACCAUUGGCGUCGAGUUCCUUAACCGAGACUUGGAGGUGGACGGGCGCCUGGUCACCCUUCAGAUCUGGGACACAGCAGGUCAGGAGCGCUUUAAGUCCCUACGCACCCCAUUCUACCGGGGCGCAGACUGCUGCCUGCUCACUUUCGCUGUCAACGACUUGCAGAGCUUCCUAAACCUCAGCUGCUGGAAGAAAGAGUUUAUGUUCUACUCUGAUGUUAAAGACCCAGAGCGCUUCCCUUUUGUGGUGCUGGGCAAUAAGGUCGACAUGGAGCAGAGGGAGGUUGGGGAGGACGAAGCGCGGGCGUGGUGUGAGGAGAACGGCUGCUGCCCUUACUUUGAGACCAGUGCUAAAGACGACACUAAUGUCACAGCUGCGUUCGAGGCAGCUGUCAGGGUGGUCCUGGCUGCUGAGGACCAGAUCGGUCAUGCGCUACUGGGCAGCACUAUUGAUCUUCAUGGCAACCGUCAAACCUCUCGUGGGUCAUGUUGCUGAUAGUGCAGGGGUACUAAACUGUCAUGCUGAAACUUGCCUGUUAGUUCAGACAACGGGUUUACUGUAGGUUUAAGGUACAGUAUCCAGUAAGGAUACAAAGCAGGAGAUGCAGCUUCUGUGAGGAGGCUGGUGUCAGGGAUUUCAGCUGCUGUCUUAUGAGCCGAAUUGUAGCUCUUCUGAAGGUACAGGCAUUCUGUGACAGGUGCGCUCUUCUUUUCUGCUUUGUCUGCUUACAUUACCGGUACAUCUUUUGCUGCUUAUACGUGAGGUUUAGUAACCAAUACUGGAACAAAGCAUUUUCUUUUAGUAUAUCAUAUAAUGGUCAAAGUGUCAGUUCUAUCACAAACACACAGAAAUAUAGAGCUGCUCUUUUUUCUGACCUUGAAGUGAUUAGGCAAGGGUUUGUUAUUAGGAUCAAGUUCAACUUAAAGGGAUUCAAAAACCACAAAGACUUUCUGUCACAACAUUCAUGUGGUUUCAUUCAAUUCAAUUCAGUUUUAUUUAUAUAGCGCCAAUUCACAACACAUGUUGUCUCAAGGCACUUCACAACAGUCAGGUACAUACAUUCCAAUUAAUCCUAACUAUUGAACAGUGCAAUCAGUCAGUUAGUUAUUUAUUCAAAUUGGAUAAAAAGUUUUUCUAUCUAAGUCCAGUCAGCAACUUGCAGUAUUCCCUCCUCCUCGACAGCAUGUAGAGACAGUGGACAGUCACUGGCGUUGACUUUGCAGCAAUCCCUCAUACUGAGCAUGCAUGUAGCGACAGUGGAAAGGAAAAACUCCCUUUUAACAGGAAGAAACCUCCAGCAGAACCAGGCUCAGUGUGAGCGACCAUCUGCCACGACCGACUGGGGGUUUGAGAGAACAGAGCAGAGACACAAAGAGAACAAAGAAGCACUGAUUCCUUAAGAGAUUUGUUGCUUAGCACUUUUGGCCAGCCGACUAAAAGUAGGCAAAAAUAUUUUGUCUUAUUCUUACAGAAAAUACCAACACAGUGGUUUUGAAAAUAUUCCCAGCUGACCAUCAUUUUUAUUAAAGUGGUGCCAUUUUAAAAUGAUAGUUGGAAAGCGAAGAACCUGUUAGCAAGCUAGGACAGUUACAUCAUGUUACUCUUUUUUGUGUCCAUGAGCAGCCAUCUUACCAUGAAAAUCUCAAACUAUAUGGAGUUGCUUGAUUGUCUGACCUUGUACUGAUUAGGGCCUGUGUGAAGGUUUUACAAAGUUAUGGCUUAAAAGUUCACCGUUCCUACGGUCUAAAGUUCUUUUAUUAGGAUGAUAUAGAAAGUGACCGAAUAGCCAUACUUUUUGCUGGCUGUAUUUAGCUUUGGGAAAUACAGCUCUGCCCCUCCUUCACAUGUUGCUGUGCACUGCUGGUCAGCUUGCUAAAAGAAUGUUAUGUUUCUUAUACACUUGCGGAAAAGACCAAUCCGGAUGUUUGGAAAUAUUUCAGGUCGCAUGAAACACGGACAGUCAAAGUGUGGAAGGAGCGCCCCCCUUCGCCUUUAAUUGGGUGACGCUGUUUUUUUUGAAACUGCUGUUGGGAAGCUAGAAGCUGGCUGGUGGGCUGUUGUGAAUAAAAGAAAUUUGAUCAUGUAACACGUUUGUUUUAAAUCUUUGUGUAAAUACAGAGAAACUGUGAUUUCUACUCGAAGUUAUCAUACAGUCAGAAUCUUAUACCAGCCCAUGUCUAAUGAUGAUAUUCUGGGGUUUAAAAAGUACUAUGAUAUUGUAUUGUUUAGUUAUAAGCUAAAGUAUUUUCUGCACACAGACCAUUAGAGUACUGCGGUUCAAACAAAUACGGAGCCUUAGUGGAUAAUUUGUGGUAUGAUAAAUUUCAACUAUUAAAGGGAAAGGACAUGUUUGCACGCACUAGAAAGGGAAUGUUGAUCGUAAGGUUUAUGGCUGGGCCGGUAAGCAUUGGUUACAUGCUAAUCUUUCGUUUGCCUCUGCUCUAUGUUGAGGCCAGGUGAAAAAUUAUUACUGUAUACCCCUGUAGUACUUAUUUCACCCCCCUGCUUUUUUUUUAUUUCUAUCCAAAAAGGACAUCAUACUUCAGUGUUUGAUCAUGCAAAGUUAAAUACCUCUACCUUGAUAAGUUGAGAGCUCUAAUUAUCAACGGCCUCCUUAUAAUCCUGUUGGCCUUGACAUUCUUCUAGCUUUCCCUCGCCUGAGGGUCUCCUGUGCAUCACUGACAGUGUGGGUAUUGAAGUUCUCGGAUGACUGUGAAGUAGCAAGAGCACCGUCAUUACUUCCAGUACGAAGAUACAUCACCUUUUCAUUUUUACAGUAUUUAGCAAAAACUUAUAAAGUAUUUAGAAACAUUGUUUACCUCCCUCAUUGUAUUUACAUACCUGACGCUAACCGCAGGUACACUUCCCUUUGUGUUCUUAGUGCUGGUGGCCAGGAGGCUUUUUUCAUUUUUACGUAUGGUAUGACGAUGUUACAGGCAAAACUAACCUAAACUGAACUGUCAUUUAUAGUAUUUUCCUUUAAAAUGUUUCAAAUAAAAUGUUUUUUUGUUUUUACUAUAUAGUCCUAUGUGCUCUUACCUCCCUUUUUUGUUACAAUUUAUUUGUGUCACAGCCUGAGAUGAUUUUUUUUUUACCUCUGAAGAUUACAAUUUUAAACAUGUUUUUUUGGGCUAUUAGUGAUUACAAGAACUUCACUGUGAAAGUGAACUGAAUUGAGGUACUGUUAUAUUACCCAAGCUGUAGGUAGAUAGUGAGUGGUUUGUUGGGUCAUUUCACCUUUGUCAAUUUGUACGGCUGUAGUUUUUCUUUUUUUAAUACGUGGAUGUUGAUAUGAAAAAGACACAUCUGCCACAGGACCUUUUAUACCAACCAUGCCUCCAUUAAUACCCAACUUGGAAUCAUUCCAGACUUGCAAUCUUCUGAUAAGUCUACUGUAAGGAAAUGUGGUUUUGCGACUCUAAAAUCAGAAGUAUAAAGUCAAAAAAGGAUCAGAACUGCAACCAAUUAAAAUACUUUAUAUUUAAAUUAUACAUUUGAACUUGUUUGCAAUUAUCUUCAUAAUUCCUAACAAUGCGCAAGUAAUUACCAAGAGAAAUAAAAUGAGACACUGGUUAAGUGCAACAAGGCAACACUUGGCUACAAAUUGACGAAGGGGAAAAUUGACCCAAUUAUGUUUUAAAAAAUCUUUACUGUGAGCUGAAAUGGUCACAGUAAAGACUACAUUAACUGUUAAAAUGAGGGCUAACAGUGGUCAGUGUUGAUGUUUUUGUGUGAUUUAACUUGAUAUUGUGUUACACUGCUGCUUCAGUUUCAUCCAGAUUGUAUAAUGAAGCCUGGCAUGUUUUCUUUUAACCUGAAAUCAAACUUAUCUGUGAAUCCUGCUCCUAUAAGCCUUUGCUGUGCUACUGGCUACUUCUAAUUGCAGUUUUUUUUCCCCCAGUGUUUCUGUAAUAUUUAUGAAUGUAAACAUUUCCAUACUGUUUUUUUUUUUUUUGGUAAAGCUGCAAUUUCUAACCUAUAUUUACAAAUUUAAAAUGUUUAUUUAAAAAAGUUUAUUUUACUUCCAGUACUGAAGCUGUGCAGAAACAUCUGUACAUGUUGAUUAUGUGGUGAUCUAAUGGACAGCUUCCCUUCUUCUUCUUUGCACUACCAAUGGGAACACUGGAGAAUGCUCUCCAGUGUUUGGCUACAAAUAAAACAUACAUCAUAUCAA